UGCUGGACUGCUAUCUAUCUGGACUGCUGUGUUGACUGCUGUGGACUCAAGUCAACUCACUUGGCUUGCUGUGUUUGCUUGUUGCCGAGGUUGAGAAAGUGGAGGAAGAUUUGAAGCAUGGCGGACUACGACGCCCCAAUUAACGAUAAGGAGAAGGUGCGCAUCGCAUCAAACUUCAUCCUUCACGCUCCCCCUGGAGAAUUCAACGAAGUUUUCAAUGAUGUCCGCAUAAUCCUCAACAAUGACAAGCUGCUCAAAUCUGGAGCCUCUGAGAGCUUCGCCAAGCAUAAUAUGGAGCAGUUUGUCCCUGUUAAGUUGGAAGGAGCCUCAUCCUCAACACUUAUUACUGAGCAUGCUGAUGCUGGCAAGGGUCGUUACUUUGACCCAAGCACAAAGAAGUCGUUUGCUUUCGAUCACCUUCGCAAGGAGGCUAGCGAUGUAAAAGCCGGAAGUGGAGACAGCGGCUCAGAAAGCUUUCGCUCUGCGUUGGAAUCAGCAUGGAAGGAUUACGUUGCUGACCACUACCCUGAUGGCACUGGUGCUGUUUACGGCAAAUCGUCUGGCUCUCAGAAGACCAUCGUUGCUUGCAUCGAGGACCACAGAUUCCGGCCCAACAACUUCUGCAAUGGCCGCUGGAGGACAGAAUGGACAGUGUCAUUCUCUGGCAGUGGCUCUGUUGAGCUGAAGGGUGUAAUGAGAGUACAGGUACAUUACUACGAAGACGGUAAUGUGCAACUCGUGUCUUCCAAGGAGGUCAAGGAGUCCGUCACAAUCUCUGACGAGGCAUCCACAGCCAAGGCGAUUGUAAAAAUUGUGUCAGCAGCAGAGAGCGACUACCAGACUGGUAUCGGCUCGAACUACACAACCAUGUCCUCAACAUCGUUCAAGGCUCUGCGGCGAGCUCUUCCCGUCACUCGCACGAAGCUUGACUGGAACAAGAUUGCCGGCUACCAGGUUGCCCGUGAGAUGAAGAAGUAAAAAGAACAAUCAUUGUCCCCUCCCCGCCAUUGUAAUAAUAUUAAUUGCCCCGUCACGUUUAAUCAUUGCCUGCCACUUUGUUCGCCAACGUCAUUUAUUAUUUCUUGCUUUUUGAAAGUGCAUACAGACCCGUACUUUUAGAUUUUUUGUUUCUUUUGGCAAAUAUAUUGACAGGAAUACUCACCGAA